AUGUAUUUCUCUUCCAUUUUCCCGUCACUCUUGCUAUCGGGUAUACAUAUCUCUGUUUGUCUGGCGUCCAAUUCCACCACCGUUAACGCAGAUAUCAAAAGUAUUAGCACCUUGGUAACAUCACUCCAAGAUGAUGUCCAAUACGUGACAGCUGGAAUCCCCGGUCUUGCAUGGGCGCUUCAAGUACAACAAGAUGCAAUUGCCCUCGACGGUAUGAUCAACCAAGGAGCUAAAGAUGCGAAUGCUUCGGCUGCGUUUGGAGGCGGAGGAUCUCUGGACAUUGGACUGAGCCUUAUUGGGUUGCAGCCGACAAUUACACGAACCUUACAAGCAGUGGCGGCAAAGAACACGUCCUUUGGCGAACUAGGCAUCAUUGUGCAAUAUAGCCUUGCACAACUGAAGGCAGAUACAGAUGCAUUUGCAAGCUCUGUUGUGGCAAAGCUAGAUAGCCUAGAAGGUGGAAUUGCACCAGGCGUUAUUGCUGAUAUCGACAAGGCAUUUGAGACCGCGAUCACAGCUUACGAAAAUGCAUACUAA